AUGAUUGUUGGAAUGUUUGCCACGGACAUGCAAACAAAGGAGGUGGUGUGCAGGAUGGCAUGCAGGAUGGCAGUGAGCAAGAUUGAGCAUUUUAUACUUGACUUUGUGAGUUCUGGAGAUAUGAAGGGGAGUGUGGUUGCGAAGGGAUUCUAUAAGUAUGUGUACAGCGUAGUUGAUUCUGUGUGGUAUGUGGUGGUAGUUAGCAUGGGAUACAGUGAGAUGAAAGCAUAUGCACUGCUGGACAUCUUGCAGAAGAACGGAGGAAAGGAUAUGUUUGAUGUGUUAGUUGCAAUGGACAACAUAUUAUAUGGGCAGGUAGUGUUUGAUACGAACCUGAGCCUGGUAAAGGGCAUGGAUAGCCAAGAGGAGAAGAUACACGACAUGAUGAUGCAUAACAAACGGAAGGAGGUUAUGCAGAAGCACAAAGAAUUCCAGAGGAAGCCGGUGAGUGAGAUUGACAGGGAGCUGGAGAGAGUACGGAAUCUUGAGAUUGAGAUGAGGAACGAAAGCAUACAGCAGCUGAAAAGCAUGUCAAAGAUGAGCAGUGAUCCGGUCAAAGAAAGAAGGAAGGAGUUGGUUACAUCUACAGACCCUGUUCUUAUUGUGUUGAAGGAGAAGCUGAGGAUGGAGAUAGAUAAAGAAAACAAUGUCAAGAGCAGGGAGGUACAAGGUGACAUGACUCUUAUGAUCAAGGACGAGAAGUACAAGGAUAUAGAGAUAGUUCUGAGGAAUCAUGCAAAGGGAAUGAAGUUCAGCCCGAACAUUGACAAGUCUGUGACUGUGUCAGGAGUGAUUAAGUGUGAGAAGGGGUUUCCGGUUGAUAAGAAUGUUGCGCUUGUGAAGUGGAAGAGUAGCGAUGUUGAGGAGACACCGAUUACGUUUACUUUUUGGCCAUGCGAGACAAGCCUGAACGUGUACCAGAUAAUGCUUGAGUAUACGGCUGAGAUGAGUGUGGAGAACUUAAGGGUGUUUUUCCCGAAGGCGCGGAUAUCGAAUGUUGUGCUGAACGGAGAUGCAAGGGAGGAGGAGAUGCACAUUGAGUGGGAGAUCGGCACUGUUGAGAAGGGAGGGUCAGAUAGCCUGGAGUUUAGCUGCACAUGCACGGAUCCAUCGGCUGUUUUCCCAUUGGAUGUGUAUUUUACGGCAGACUUUGUUUCUACAAAGCUGAGUGUUGACAGGGUAAUGAUGGAUGGUGAAGAGGUGGAUGAGAUUGAUGUGAAGAAGAUAUUUGAGGUUGACAAGUUUGUUGUUGUUGAUGAAUAA